AUGGCUGAAGGACGAACAUUGAGUAAUAAUGUGAAUUAUUUAUUAGAAGAUUAUUCAACAUCUAUCGAAUAUUUUGAUAAGUGUUUAACAAUUGCUAAAGAAUGUAAUGAUCAAUUAGGUCAACGUCGUGCACAUACAAAUCUUGGCAAUGCGUAUUUAUAUAUAGAAGAAUUUGAUAAAGCUCUUUAUCAUUAUAGAGAAGCAAUGAUUAUAAGUGAAAUAAUGAAUGAUGGAUUAAUUUUAGCACAAAUAUGUUUUAUUCUUGGUCGUAUUUAUAAUAUAAAACAAGAUAAUGAAACAUCAAUUUAUUAUCAUGAAAAACAUUUAAAUUUAGCACAUAAAUUUCAAGAUUAUAAAGGUCAAUGUCAAGCAUAUCUUAUUUUAAGUCAAUUAUAUGAAAUAAUAAAUCAAUAUGAUAAAACAAAAAAAUAUCGUAAUCUUUAUAAAUCUUUAGCACGAGAAAUUGAUGAAACAAAUGAAAAAAAAGUUUUAUCAUCAAAGAGUAAUGCAUUUAAAAAUCUUCGUGCUGAAUCAAUUUGUAUAAAUCUAACAGAACCACAUAUGACAAAUUCAACACGUUCAAAUUCAGUUGUAGCUAGUAAUUUUUUAAAUCCUAUAGAUGAAAAAUCAAUAUUAAAUUCAAAUAAAAAACUUAAAUUAAAUUUUAUUCAACAUCUUACAAAAAAAUCACCAAUAGCAAUAAGAAAACAAUCAUCAAAAAAUGAUUCUGAUGAAUUAAUUGAUAUUGUUUGUCGUAUGCAAAAAUCACGUUUUGAUGAUCAACGUUGUGAUAUUAAAAUGACAAAUAAUGAACAAAUUGAUAAAAAUAAUGUUGAAGAACAUCGUUCUAAUUCUCAACUUGAUGAUAUAUUAAAUACAGUUGAUCGUUUACAACAAUUUCGUCUUGAUGAUCAACGAACAAAUAUUCCUAAUAAUAAUAUAAAUACAAAAAGUCCACGCCUUUCACCAUUACAUGAACAAUUUUUUGAUCAACUUGCUAAAUGUCAAGAAUCUCGUAUGGAUGAUCAACGAGCUAUACUUUUACCAUUAUCAAAUAUGAAUACAUCAUCAACAGUACGACCAAUAUCAGCCGUACCAACUCUUACAACACCAAUAAUAUCUGAAACAAAAAAUUUUCUAAAUGAAUCAAUGUCAAAAACAUUACCAGAUGAAGAUUUUUUUUUACUUCUUAAUCGUUUACAAACACGUCACAAUGAUCAACAAAAUACAUCUAUAUUAUCAACAAAAAUUUUAUCAUUGAAAAAAUCUUUUGAAUAA